AUGACCCUCAUAACCAAUGGAGGAUUGGUGACGGAGAAUGGGGAUAAAAGUGCGAAUUUGAGUUAUGGCGAUGAGGAUUGCGUCGAUGAGGAUGAAGUUGAUUUCAAGAUUGGGACUUUGAUCCGUUCAUCUCUGCCGGAGGUCACUCCCGGCGUUCAGUCACCACCGCCAUGGUCGUCCUCCGCCAUUCUUAACUCCCGACGCCUAACGCCGCCACAGCCUGAUGCUCUGCACGCUGUCGCCUUUGUGCGGGGAACCGAAACCAUGGCGGUGGCAACGCGACGAGACGGCGGGGCAACGAUAAACGGCCACCGGGAGAGGACGACCACUCAAGGCCGGUCUGCCGGUGGUUCUGCCGAGCUUGUGUGUGUUUGUGUGUGUUUACUAUGUGUGCGUCGGUGUGUUUUUCUGCGUGUAGCUUGGCUUUUGAUCCAAUCAGUUCCCCUCAUUACAAAGUUAUCUGCAUCUGAUCGGAAUCGAGUAUCACGGGCUGCCAAUUGGAGGUUUAUUCAUCGGAAACGGGCUCUUGGAGAAAUCACGGGAAGACCCCACAAGUCCAACAUUGGAAAUGGAAAUGAUUCUCUAUAUUUCAAUGUUGAUAAUCAGUUGUUUGGGACAAUGCCAAUUCCUCCUACUGGCUGGGGUUGUAGAGACAAUUAUUAUUUGGAAGAUACUUGUGCAGACGAUUAUUAUUUCGGAGAGUCUUGUGUAGACGAUUAUUAUUUCGGAGAGUCUUGUGGACACUUGCACUAUAUCUAUGUGCGCUUGCAAUUUAAGGUGUACGAGAUGAGGAGGGACUAUUCUGAAUGGUUUGUUAAGUACGAGGUCAAUCUUUUCCCUCUUUUAAAGGAGGCAUUUUCUAUACUUUGUGUAGUUCGAGGUGAGAAGGAGGAAGGUUCGUUUUUGGUUGUGCAGAUUCCUGGAAAAGCCGUCCGGUAUAAUAUCGUUUGUGGGACUUUCGAUGUGCUGUACGAGUUCGCGGGUGUUAAUUCACCAGGUCGUUUGAGGUAUUCGGGUGUGGAUGCAUUUCAAUACGUUGAGACCCUUUGUUGUGUUUAG